AUGACUGGUUCUGGUUCUCCUUGUGGAGCCUGCAAAUUCUUGAGAAGAAAAUGUGUGAGGGGUUGUGUUUUUGCACCUUACUUUUGCCAUGAGCAGGGUGCUACUCAUUUUGCAGCCAUUCAUAAGGUCUUUGGUGCAAGCAAUGUUUCAAAGCUCCUUGCUCAUCUUCCUGUGAGUGAUCGUUGUGAAGCUGCAGUCACAAUCUCAUAUGAAGCUCAAGCAAGACUUCAAGACCCUAUUUAUGGCUGUGUCUCCCAUAUUUUUGCACUCCAACAACAGGUUGUUAAUUUACAAGCACAACUAGCUUAUCUCAAGGAACAAGCAGCUCAGAGUUGUGUCAAUGUCUCUGCCCAAGAAAACCCUAGUGAAAAAUUCUUCGAAAAAUCUUAUACUUUACCCCAAGAUCUUCAAAGUUGGUUCCAGGUGGAAAAUUCAAACCUGGGGCAGGAUUUUUUUCCUAAUUUGGGUACUAGUUUAUCCUCAGCAACACAACAUUAUGGGAACAAUGCUCUGAUGGAUGAUCUUAACCCUAUUAAUGGGAUUAAUUAUGAAAAAUCUGGAGCCAUGGAAGAGAGUAGCUCAUUUUCUAGCUUUGAUGAUAGUUCUAAUUACUCCAUGUCCUAUGACAUGCAAACUAAUAGGAGGACGUGGGGGUAUCAUGAAGUGGAGGAUCUACAUUCUGUGGCUUUUGGAUACAGUACUGGAUCACAUUCAUAA